GGUAGUUUUCGAGUAAAGAGCCUUCACAAGGUUUAUGCACUUCUGAGGUACGCCUUUCAAUGACUGUAAUUAAUUUACCUUGUGUUACAUGAAUCAUUGGUUAUGAACGUUUUGGUCGUUGGGUAUUUUGAUAUGUCCUCAUCCCAUAAAUAUCUUCAAAUUUGGCCAGAAACUUCAAUACUGCAAAGAGAUCCUCCGAAAACUGAUGUUUGAAAUAGUUUGUGAUCGAACAAUCGGUAGUUGUUUUUUCGGUUUACUUAAGAAAGCCCGUGUUCAUUUAGUGUUUAUUCUGUUUACUAACUAGCGAAAAUCUGGGUUUGUACCUGGAAUUUUAUUUAUUUAUUUAUUUGUUUGAACACAUGAAUAUUGGUACAAGAGAGCGCCAAUAUAUAUGCGCCACAUAAAACAAUGAGAAUUCGAAGAGAAAUAGAAAAAAAAGCUAAGGAGCGCAAAAAAAAAGAACAAUAACGAGGAGAUUGGUGUAAGAUAUAUGCUCUCAACUUACUUCACUCUAUGCUUCUUUAUAUUUGCCCAUAAUGGAUGGCAAUUUGUCAGUUUUGUAUCCAGAUUGUAAUAUUCUCCCAUUUGACUCUGUUAAUGAUAAUCUGAUGAACUACCCUAGGUCGUACUCCAAUAGCUGUGGUCUAACAUCAAGCGCAUAUCUGAAUGAAUUCCAAAACGUAAAGGAUGAUUCACAAGAUUUCACACAGAAGCACAUGUCUGGUAGGAAAACGUUCACGUGUCCUAAGUGCAACAGUUUUUAUUCUAAAGACAACAACUGGUGCUCCAGCUGCGGAGAGCUACUAAUUGGCGCAGAAGUAUGUUCUCCAGGUGAACCAAAAUUCAUCUCAAAUGAAGUUUCAAAGACACAGACUAAUAUGAUGGAUUCGAGUAACCCUUUAUCUAAUAUUUCUUCAAGUGUACCCAUUAGUUUCAAUAUGUCUUGUGAGAAUGCUACACACUCGCCCAAUUUAGUUGCUUAUCCAUGUCAUCCAAUAUUACCCGUCGCUACAGAUGUAGCGUUUUCUUUACCAUCUUGUUUAGCGUCAGCAUUCUCACCAGGAAAUCUAAAUGCACAGAAUUCAGAGUGGAGCAAUUCAUCAUUCUCACCAUCAAAGCAGUUUGAUCAACUACGUCAUAACAAAGCAAACAUUCCUUUUUGUGUACCGGUUGACCCUUCAUUUUCGAGAUAUAAAAACUUUGGGAUUUUGCAGAAUGCCUCCGCUGACCAAAAACAGUAUCAAGUUGUAAAUAAUAACGAAUACACUGAUCCUAGCAACUUCAAAUUGUUGUAUCCUAAAGAAAAUGGUUUUACUCAAUCCAUACUAUGGAAUUCUAAACAUUUUAAUGAUGAUAAAAGUUGCAGUCAGUUUUCUCAUCUAUUUACCAAUGUUUCUGAUUACCGUCAUCGUCGUACAUCUGGUCCAGGCAUGCAGAAUAAAUUAACAAAUGAUCAUAGUAGCUUGGAAAAUGUAUAUCAUGCUAACAGUAUCCCUUCCAGUUAUCAUCUAACUACCAAUACUUCACCAAUGAAUUUAUUGAUAAACACUUCCCAAGGCCAGUAUACAUUUUCAGAUAAUUGGUGGAAUAAUUCUUCAGCGUCACAGAUUGUAGCCGACCUUUUGAGGGAAACACAAAUUUCGGUUUCAGCUAGCACUAAUAUUCCUCCUAAGUCAGCAUUAUACCAGCCAUGGCAAUACCAAGAAAUGAUUCCCUCAGCCAGUAAAAGUCCUUCAGCAUCACGCAAAGGUGUUCGCAUGCGUGGUGGAUAUUGUCGUCGUAAACACCCAUCUGAAUGUUCCAGAACUCAGCUUAAUAAUCCUACUUCUAUUCAAAAUCCAGCCAUCUGUCGUGCCCGUAGUUUUAGUUCAGAUUUUGAAGAUAAUAAUAACGGUGGUACUCAUUCAUCAAAAUUGCAACCCAAUCCUAAUUGGCAGUCAUCUAGAACAGCCUGGUCAGCACAUGAUCCUGCAGUAUUAAAAAAGAAACCUGCUGCAUAUUUAAGAGCAUCAUAUAGUCAAGGAAAUGUUGCUUCUGUUCAGCUUGAAUGUAAUACAAAUAUGAAACUAAAUUCAAACAGUCAACCAGACAAAUCUCAGCAGUCACCUCUUCCGUGUUCAAACAGUAAGUCAUGUAGUCAAAAGGUCAAAUCGAACAACACUACUGGAUCAUCUCCAGACAAUCGUUCAGAAUGGAAUGAUACACAUGCCAAGUCAUAUCGUUGUCAUCAUCACCCACCAAGACGUAAUCGUCGUUAUAUAUCGAAGAGCCUUAGUGUUUGCAUGGAUGGUACAACAACAAACAGUCCAGUCGCUAGUAUACUGAAAGAGGGAAUUCCAACACAUGUUCAUACUAAUAAAAUUAGCGAACCUAAAAAUGAGUUUAUUACAUCAAACUGGCUACUGUUGCCCGAUGAAUUAUGGCUUGAAGUACUACGAUAUUUAAGUCCAGUAGAUCGUGUACGGGUUGCUCAAACUUGUCGACAUUUGUCCAGACUUUCAAUGGAUCGUUCAUUAUGGCGAGUCAUUCAUCUUCACCGACAACAUCAUUUGACUGAUGCAGAUUUAGUGAGAAUUGGAAAUCUUAAACCGAAAGAAUUACGUUUCACUUAUUGUCGUGGUGACAGCCUAACGGCUACAGGAUUAAAACGCAUGUUUCUAGUCUGUGGUCCAGGAUUACAAAAACUGUCAUUAAUCGGUUGUACUAAAGGACCAUUUGAUCAAGAUCUACCAUUGAGAAUAGUUGCUGAUCAUUGUCAUAAUUUACAACAUGUAAAUGCAAGUUAUACUCAAUCAGUACGUGAUCAAACUGUGAUUGCUCUAGCUAAAUCUGCUACGCAUUUAAUUAGUGUGAAAUUGAAUGGCGCCCAACAAAUAAGUAAUGCUGCUAUACAACAAUUGGUUCAUUAUCAUCAAAAUACUCUUGAGCGUUUAGAGUUGUUUGGAUGUUUUCGUUUAAAUUCAAGUAUAUUGGCUUUAUUGGGACAGUGUCAAGAAUUGAGAGCACUAGCAUUUGGACAUCUCCAUCAUUUAUCUUCGGAUGGUUUAUUAGAACUUGUCAGCAAACUACCUCAUCUUUCUUCACUUGAUCUACGAGGAACACAAACUUUCAGUGAUGAUAAUAAUCUUUCUCAGUUAGCAGCCAAAUGUCCUCAUUUAGAAGAAGUUGUUUUAGCUAAUAUGCAUUCUUUAAAACGUGAAACUGGGAUUGCCCAAAUGUUACGCCGUUUGCCUCGUUUGCGUGUACUCGAUCUGUGUGGUCUAGCCGCCGUUGGUGAUUUAACUAUGGAGGUUUUAGCCACCAGUUGUCCUCAACUAGAAGAACUUGAUGUCAGUUGUACUUCUGUUACCCAAAAAGGUUUAUUCCAUCUAACAAAUGCUCCUGCAGUAUGCUUAAAAUGUUUACGAAUUAGCCAUUGUAGAGAAAUAACCAGUGAUGUACUUGAAAAGUUGAUUGAAGCCUGUCCUAAAUUAACAUUAUUGUACGCCUAUGGAUUUGUUUCCAUUAAUGAUUGGGGCUUCCUUCAAAAAAUACGUCCUAGUUUAUUAGUGGAGAAAGGUAUUUAACCCAAUCAAUCCAUCAAUUUGAUGUUUAUUUCGUAUUCAAUUCUAUGGAGAAGUAAAAUUAUAAAAAAUAAAUACCAUGAAAAUGGUAAUGAGUGUGCAGUUAGUAAAAUUACUCAUCUACAAAACAAAUGAAAAAAAAACAUACUUUUUCCAACUACAUUUUAAUCUUAUUCUAUUCUGUUAAGUUACUUACUUAUUAACGGCUGUUACCCGUCGUGGAGAAGCAUAGACCACCCACCAGGAUUAAUGUACUACUAUUAAUCAUAAAUUACAAAAUGAAAAAAAAAGAAACAAAAGGAUACGUUGAUCCAAAAAGAGAAUUUUUCGUUUAUCUUCUUUAAAAUAAAAUACUCUUAAACCCCAUAUACCUUGUAAAUGAGUUAUCUUAGUUCCGGUGAAUUUCUGCACUGUUCCAACGAGUAAGUGUUUUUAUUCAGUUUGUUUUUGUGUGUUGUUGUUGUUGUUGCACUUUACUACUAAUAUUAGUAAUACUUGUAAUUAUUUAUUUCAGUUUGUAUAGUUCAGUUGACUAUCAUCAUCUACUCAAGUAUAAUUUAUCACUUACUAUUCAAUUCAUCUUUGGAUAAUAUUUAGAAUAAUACAAAAUUAGUUGAUAAUUUAAUUGUAUACACCUAUUAUAUUACUGCUUACUUACUUAAAUAGAUAGAUAGAUACGCAUUUUUCUCCCUCCCCCCCGUUGAAUUGCUCAUUUCAUCAUUAUCAUCAUCCCUAUAAUCUUUCUAUGUUUGUUUUCCUUCUUCUUCUUGUUGUUGUUUUAUUAAAUUAACUAAUAAUGUUUUAUUUAAAUAAAAAUAUUUUAAUCUUAUAAUUGUUACCUUAAUUCUUCUUUAUAUAGUAAACAAAUUCAUUUCAAUUCGUAUUAUACACUACUUAUUUAUUUAUUUAUUUAUUUCAAAUACCCCUUACAUACUACUUAUUUAGAUUUAUUGAUUAUUUAUCUUAAAUAUUUAAAAAAAAUUUGAUAACACUGCAAUCUUAAUAAUCAAGAUGAUGUGUCUAUGAUUGAUUAAUUGAUGGUUAUCAUUUCAUGAUCCUAAUUUAUUGGUUGGUUGUUUGUUUGUUGACAAAAGGGUACAUCUCUAUUUAAGUUUAUAUUCAUGUUUAAUCAAGUUUAAUGGAAUUGAAAAAGAAAGAAAUAGAUUAUCUAAUUAGAUCUAAUAUCCAUCAACUAAACACACCUAUAUAUAGAUAUAUUCUUUUCUUGCCAUCAUUUUUAGCGGGUUUUUCGAAUGAUGAUGAUCAUAAUUAUUAUUAUUAUUAUUACUCUUAUGAUCAUAUAAAGAACUAUUAGUUGUUGUUGUUGUUGUUGUUGUUGAAUGCACUUUGUCCAGUGAAACAUUCAUGAUAUCAAAUUGUAACAAAUUUUGUUCUUUUCAAUCUUUUGUAUUAUUGUUUGUUUUUCUUUUAGAUUUCUUUCUUCUCCUUAAUCUGUUAUACAAUUCACUUGUAUGUAUUGUAUAUUUUUAUUAUGAUGAUUAUGAUUACUUUCAUCAUUAUGUGGAUAAAUAACAUGGUAUCGUUAAUUAAAUCCACUGUAUAUUGUCGAAAUGUUUAUUGUUCAUUUGACUUUAUGUCAUAUUCUGUUCCAUUAUCGUUUUGUCUUGUUAGUUCUUAGCUCUCUCUUCUCUUGUAUAAUCGGAUUGCUACAAUUUCUUUUCCUACACUUAUUACCUGGUGGUUAAGUUGUGCAUCUAAUUAUCUAUUUUCACGUUCGUUUGUUUCCCAGCAUGAUUGAUUAAAUCCUUUCAGUCACUAUAUAUAUAUAUUGUAAUUAAGGCAGUGUUAAACAUGAAACAAUAAUAUAAGUUUUUACACAUAAACUAAUGUUAUUACUUACAUUGUAUAUCAUAUUGAUCAUUACAUAAUUUCAAUAUACAUAAUUAUAUUACUAUUAUCAUUGUGCUUAUUAGUGUUAACACAUACUUAUUUACUUCUUUAUACAUAAGUAGUUUCAGUCUUUCGACUAAUGUUUACUUAUUGUCUUUACUGUUGUUCUUGUUAUUGUUGUUGUUGUUUUGAAAAAAAAAACAUCAAAAGAAAACACUUAGAUGAAGCGAAAAAAGGUUUCCAGUUGCAAAAAAAAGAGAGAGUUAACCUUUCAGAUUGAUUCUGUUCUGUUUUCUUUCUUUUUUUCUUCGGAAUAACGAUAUUUGUUUGUGAUUUUUCUUUCUUUCGUAUUAAAGGUUUUUUAAUAUGAAUUAGAUGGUAUGAUAAGUUUGUUACAUAAGUUCUUAAAUAGUUUAACAUUUAUCCAUAAUAAUCAUUGUUUAAAGUUGUUGUACUUAACAUCAUAACAAAAUGAACUGAAAGAAUCAUACAUGAAAAUUAAGAAACUAAACAUGAACUAUUCACUUGGUGUUGUUUUACUUAUAUCUUCCCAUUGAUGUUUAGGACUGCAAUUGAUCAGUCUCUUGUUGGCAUAUGUGCAUCCUAUGCGGACUACGUCGAUAUUGUUUGAAGUCAGAAAUCAGUAGCUAAAUGGAUAAUGCGAUAGCAUUUGAAGCAAAUGGUACUGGAUUCGAGUUCCAGAGUGAACAUCAACACUCCGAUGAAGGUACAUUCAGCUGACGAGUCCCAAAUAGGACUAAACUCACGACCAUGAUUCCACUACUAGCCACUAUCCAUCUUUCCUUAUAAGCAUGAAGUAUAUACACUUCGAGGGAAAAAUUGGAUUUAUUUUCUAUGAUCAAUUUUAGAUUACACCAAUUAGGAUUUUCAACGAUAGCUUGUGAUCAAAGCGCUAACCUUGUUUGGGAACUAUUUAUAUCAAAUGAACAUUUAUUAGAGUAGUAUAGUAAAAAUAAUUUCACUGGAGUGUGAUCAGUUGUCAACAGUAUCAUCUAUCUGUUUAUUGUACUCAUAUAUUACAUAAGACUAGUCAUAAUAAUUUUGUGAAUCGUUCCUAAUUAGUGUACCGACCAUUCUUAAAUAUUUGUCCGAUAGCACUUCUCUUAACUAACCCAGGUAGUAGUUCCUUAUCAGGUAUGUCCAAUUACAAAGUACUUUAUGGCGUUAAUAUAAAUAUGAAGAAAGUAAGUAGAACAUUGGCUAGUGUAUGGCAUUUUCAUACAUAACGCAUAAACCUGUCACUCAGUUAUAUACGAAAGAAUUCCUCAUCGGCGUUUGUGGUCUGGUGUGCUACGAAAUCUCAGCACGGAUACAGAAGGCUUGACUUGCUUUCGCCAACUUGUGUCAUUUAUGGCGUAGGCGAGAUCCCCGUCUAUCAACCAAAGGACGGGUUUACUGCGCAGCAGUUCGUUCCGUCCUAGUUCAUGGCAGUGCCACAUUACCGGGUAAGUGUAGAAGAUAUUCGUAGGUUAUUAGUAUUCGAUCAUAGGUGUCUUCGAAACAUUGCUCGUAUAUCCUGGUACCAUCGAGUAAGUAAUACAGUUGUCAGGAGACGAGUACUAGGUAAGGAUGGCAAAUCAAUUGAUGAAGUAGUGAAACUCCAGUUGUGAUAGCUGGAACAUGUGUUACGUAUGCCCAACCACCGACGUGCAAUGUUUUAUGGUCUGGGAGUAGGUUGGAAGAAAGUUAGUGGCGGUCAGAUCAAAACAUGGCACAAAUCCAUGAAGUGACUGACAAGUGGACUGAACCAUGUUGCUAGGUGUAGACUACCUGUUUCUGGGGUUCCGUGAGACGAUAGCAACCGAUGGUUAAAGAUCUUGAAUGACAUGGCUGAAAAUGGUUUGCAAUGGCGCAUGUUCAUCCACCCUUUGUGUUUUCCCAAACUCUAAUCUUCUAAAUCCUUCAUAUCCCUUCUCUUUUUCUCUUUCCAGACUUAUUUCGCUAGUUUAUACUCCUUGAAUAACAUUUUCAUCUCACUGCCUUCACGUUAUAAUUCGUUACUAUCAUAUAAAGUCUAUUGUUUCUUUUUACAUUUUCAGUUAUCUAGUGUUACAAUCUCUUACGUCAUCUUGGUUGUUCCUUGUUCACAUUUCCUCACAGAACUAGUACUUUAAAAAAUUUUUAUAUAUGUACGGUUGUACAGCUUGAUAAUAAAUUCGUUGAAUCGAGAUCCCUUCGCUGAACUCUGUGUUUUUAAAAUUUCCGUAAUAUAUCUGCAUACUAAAAAAUUACAAAUAUAGUUUCACUUAUAUUACAGUCUUUCGUGUCACAUAAACAAGUAAAACUCUCACAGGAAUUUACAAUCUAGUUAAAAUACUUACUAUAGUCAGACAUCUCAGAUGACUGAGUGGAUUAUCACUAUAAAAACUACUAAGUCGAGAACAGUCAAUGUAGAUUUAUCUCCAUGUUGAAGGUUACCUUCUCAAUAGAAUAGUGUCGUAUUUUAUUGUACUGACAAUUUAUCGUGUUUCUAAUGAUAUACGACUUUUAAAAUGAUGAAUUGUGUCCUUCAAGCUCAGAAAAAACAAAUAUUUAGAAAGAAUCCACAUUGUUAUCAUUCAAUGCAGCCUGAUAUGUGUUUACCAAGUACUGUUUUUUAUUAGAUAUAGUACUAAUUACACUGUUGUAAACGAGAACUCAGGUUGGAACAACCAAUAUAUAUGAUUCAACGCAAAGUUACAGAGUUCUUUAGUAAAAGUGUCAAGAACUAUACAUUACAUAUUUGAUUUUCAAAUCUUAGAUCAAUUAUCUCAAACUUCAUUGUUUCAUGAUUGCUAUUACAAUUACUCUCUGUUAUUAUUCACAAUCAAUCUUCUACUGUCAUGCAUUCCACCACUUCUGAUUAAUGCUACAUACUACUUAUAUCAAUAAACAUAUGUAGCAUACACCAUAACAAUACACACACACACUUGUGAAACCAUCUUAUUCCUAUAAGUUACAUUUUUCAAUAUCUAAGAUAAAAAACAAUUUUAACGCAAGAUGUAUGUAUACACUUUUUUACUACGGUUUACCUAUACGUGUACACACGAGAAUCAUCUGCUUAGUAUUAGUGACAAUUAUAUGUGAUUAAUUAUGUGGGUGUCAACAAUGAUCAAAUGUUUAUGCAUAUAAAGUAAAAUUCUAAAUCGAACCAUAUGCUUAUUAUAAAACUUCAACAUUGUCAACCAUUUCUUUAACUGACAACUUUUAGAAUUAAAAAAAAAUCACAUACAAGAUGUUUGCAAAAGAAAAAUUCUGAUAUUAUAACGAUG